GUGAGUAAUUCUGGUGAACUUGUCUGCGAGUGGGAACUUCUGAACACAACUUAUUUGCUUUUGGAACACAGAAGGAGCAAUUUUCCCGCUGGAAAGAAUGCAGACUGCAUGUGGAGAUUCGAUGGAGCUGGAGCUCAACCAUGAAAUCCAUGGAGAAAGAACACUGGCAGAGGUUGACCUUCUUGAGGAUUUUGCCCAAAAUAUGGCAGACAGCAUAAUGGAAUCUUUUCUAAGCAUGAUGGCUGAAGAGAAGGUGUCCAUCUCUGAUCCAGAUCAGAUGUUGGCAGAGGAGAUGGCGUUAGUGAUCAUUGAAACAGCACUGGGAGAAGUGUGUUUAGCUCAGAGUGCGAAAGAUCAGACUGAAGGAUCGCAAACUGCUUGUAAAAAGACUGAAAAUGAGUCUUUCAUGGAGUAUUCUAAGGUAGACUUGAUGGACACGAGUCCAACUAAAAAGAUCUAUUCCGUUCCGCCCCCACAUCCACCUUUAUAUCAGUCCGGCCUCCCUGUCGUGGGCUCUCUCGACUACCCCGACGCCCCUCCCACCACCCCUCUCAUACCUGAGCUUGAGAGGAGCAGACACAGCUUUGCUCAGAAGCUGAAGGGAGGAUUAGCCAAUGCUUUUCUGCCCUCCCCACCUCCCCCAACUCCAAAAGACAAAGAGGAGAAGUCGAGCAUUGACCCUCACAUGGUACUGAUGGAACAUCUGAUGCACUCGCUGUGCACAGACGAUUUACCUAAAGGUGGCUAUGAAGAAGCCCCUCAGCAUGGAGCCGGGAUAGAACAUUUUGCUGAGACCUUGUCGUGUGACAUCAUGAGUGGGGUUUUAAGUGUCAAAGGCAAGGAGGAGAUACAAGACACAAUAAACCUGGAUCUGUUGGCCCAGCAGAUGGCUGAAACCAUCAUCACCCUCUCUCUUGAUAAAACUAAAAUGCUUUAAUUGCAUCUGAGACGAUUACUUGUUUGUCUUAAAAUUAUUUACUUAAAUCUUAUUUCAAAAUAGAGCUAAACCUGACUCACCAACUUAAAAGUUUUUAAAAUUUGGUGAAUUUGUCACAAGUAAAAGCAUUCUGCUCUCAUGUUCUUUCGGGUUAAGAAAUUUUUGAUAUUGUGCUUCUUUUAAAUUUGUUAGACCCAAAUAUGGUAAGGUUGACUCCCAUGAGCCAAAUUGAGAUGAUGCAUGUGCAGCAAACAGAUAUAAAGAUGAACUUGAUCCACACAAGUACCAACGUGUCCAUUAGAUGGCACCACAGUAAAACUGUUACUGCCUGUCUUUACAUCAGGUUAAGUCAAAGUUACCAGGAUUCACCAAACUGUUUUCUGUGUUUCAGUUUUCUACACAAGAAAUCAUUUUCCCGUCAAUAGAUCUGUAAAUUAUGAAAUUUUUAUUAAAAACUUAGAUAGACAUGUAA